UUGCAAUACACUUGUCUCUUACUAGUCUUUACCAAAGAAAAUAAAAAACCAAUCUUUCUAUCCAAAAUUCCAUCUUUGAAUCACCACCACCAAUAAUCUUUAUCUCAUUCUCAAUAAAAAUUCAAUCUUUCUUCUACAGCUCACUCUUCCCAUAACCAGAGCUUCAAACACUCUCAUCAAUGGAGGGUUCCAUCUUCCCCUCAAGGCCAGUAUAUCCCACCCCAUCAAAUAAACCAACUCAACCAAACUUCCCGCCAUGGAAGCUCAACCCAACAACAGCCCAACCACCACACACUCCUCCAACCCCAUCUCCUUCUUCAUUCCCCAUUGACUCUCUCCUCCAACACCUUCUACACCUUUCUUCAUCUCCAAACACAACUCACACUGUUAAAUCAGUAAAGCCACAUCAUUUCAGCCAUGCCCAUUUGCGCUCUUCUCUUAAACAGCUUGAAAAUGGCGGUAAGGAAAAACCCACUUCGGUUUUAGUAUUGGAUGAGGAAGAAGAAAGUGGUUUGGAAACUGGGUUCCUUGAGUUUCUCACAACAAAGGGUAAAAUGCUUUUUAAUUCGAUUGUGGAGUUUUCUUUGGAUGAUUUGAAUGGUUAUUUUGAUUCUGUUAAGGUUGAAUUAGUUGAGGUUGAUUUGAUUAGUCUUUUGAAAGCUUUGGAUCUUUCUGGGAAUUGGGAAAGAUCAGUUCUUUUGUUUGAAUGGAUUUUAUCUAAUUUAUGGCCUGAAAGAGUGAAACUCAAUAGUCAAGUUAUUGAAUUAAUGGUUAGAAUUCUUGGUAGAGAAUCACAACAUACAAUUGCAUCUAAACUGUUUGAUGAAAUUUCUCUAGAGGAAUUCUCACUUGAUAUUAGAGCUUACACUACUAUUAUUCAUGCUUAUUCUCGUACUGGUAAAUACCAAAGAGCAAUUACAAUGUUUGAGAAAAUGAAGGAAACUGGACUCUCACCAACUUUGGUUACUUACAAUGUUAUGCUUGAUGUUUAUGGAAAGAUGGGAAGGUCUUGGAAUAAAAUUUUAGAUCUUUUGGAUGAGAUAAAGAGUGAAGGGCUUCAGUUUGAUGAUUUCACUUGUAGUACUGUGAUAUCUGCUUGCGGUAGAGAGGGUUUGUUUAAGGAGGCAAAGGAGUUUUUUGCUGAGAUAAAGUUGCAGGGGUUUGUUCCUGGAACUGUUACUUAUAAUUCUUUGAUACAAGUUUUUGGGAAAGCUGGGAUUUUUUCAGAGGCUUUGAGUAUUUUGACAGAAAUGGAGGAUAGUAAUUGUCCACCUGACUCGGUUACUUACAACGAACUUGUUGCAGCGUAUGUGAGAGCGGGGUUUUAUGAUGAUGGUGCUGCUGUAAUUGAGACAAUGGCGAAGAAGGGUGUUAUGCCUAAUGCUGUUACUUAUACUACUGUGAUAAAUGCUUAUGGCAAAGCUGGAAAAGAGGAUGAAGCUUUGAAGUUGUUUAAUAAGAUGAAGGAGUCGGGUUGUGUUCCUAAUGUAUGUACUUACAAUGCUGUGCUCGGGAUGUUGGGAAAGAAGUCGCGGUCUGGGGAGAUGAUUCAAGUACUCAGUGAUAUGAAAUUGAGUGGUUGUGGCCCUAAUCGUGUUACUUGGAAUAUUAUGCUUGCUAUGUGUGGUGAUAAGGGUAAGCACAUGUUUGUGAAUCGUGUGUUUCGGGAAAUGAAGAACUGCGGUUUUGAUCCUGAUAGAGACACAUUCAAUACUUUGAUCAGUGCAUAUGGAAGGUGUGGUGCAGAAAUUGAUGCCACACUAAUGUAUGAUCAGAUGAUCAAUGCAGGGUUCAGUCCUUGUAUUACAACUUACAACGCGCUUCUUAAUGCUCUGGCUCGACGAGGAGACUGGAAAGCAGCUGAAUCUGUUUUUCUAGACAUGAAAAACAAAGGGUUUAAGCCUAAUGAAACAUCCUACUCAUUGAUGCUCCAAUGCCAUGGAAAGGCAGGGAAUUUAAAAGGGAUACAAAAGAUCGAAAGGGAAAUAUACGACGGUCAAAUUUUCCCGAGCUGGGUUCUAUUGAGAACACUUAUUCUUGUGAACUUCAAGUGUAAAGCCCUUAAGGGAAUGGAAAAGGCCUUUCAGCAACUGCAUAAGAACGGUUUUAAACCCGAUUUGGUGUUGUUUAACUCUAUGCUUUCAAUUUAUGCUCGAAACAACAUGCAAGAUAAAGCUCACGAGAUGCUGCAAUCAAUUCGCGAAGCUGGUCUUGAGCCUGAUCUUGUUACCUACAACGGGUUGAUGGACAUGUACGCUAGACGAGGAGAAUGUUGGAGAGCAGAGGAAAUCCUCAAGAGACUACACGAGACGGGCGGGAAACCUGAUCUCGUUUCCUAUAACAUUGUUGUCAAAGGAUUUUGCAGACGCGGGCUAAUGCAGGAGGCCGUAAGGAUUCUUUCAGAGAUGACAGCUAGAGGGAUUAAGCCAUGUAUCUUCACAUACAACACAUUUGUGACAGGGUAUGCAGCAAAGGCAAUGUUUUCGGAGGCAAAUGAAGUGAUUAGCUAUAUGAUUCAGAACAAUUGUAGACCCAAUGAGCUAACAUACAAGAUUGUGGUAGAUGGUUAUUGUAGAGGAAAAAGGCAUGAAGAAGCCAUGGAAUUUGUGUCAAAUAUUACAAAGAUAGACAGUUGCUUUGAUGAUCAAUCUGUACAGAGACUUGCUUCUCGGAUAAGGCAAAAUUUUGAGUUCUGAAUUUGUUUUGUUUCUUUGUUUUAGGGAAUGUGUGUAUAUGGUGGCAAGGCAAGGCAAGCCAGUCAAUGAUAGUUUGUAUUGCUUUUUUACUUUCUUUGGCGAAUGACUGUCACAAACCAGAUUUUACUCACUUGAAAUAGAAGUAUAAGGAUAUGUAUAAAUAUUUAUUUAUUUAUUUACUUACAUAUGUGUGUAUUUUUAAUGGAUAUAAUUAGAAAAAAAAAAAAAUUAAGUUUCUA